AUGGGCCAUAAUAAUAAUUCUAAUAAUUCAAAUAAUAAUAGGAGUAAUAGGAAUCAGACCGCUUGGAUUUCUCCCUUAAGUUCUCCCCCUCAAGGAAACGUAUAUACAAAUAUUCCAAACAGUACAACAUAUACCUUUGGAUCAAAUAAUUCCAACCCCAAUAAUAGUAAUAAUAAUAAUAGCAAUAAUAAACAUAGUCCAUUAACUUCCGCUACCGACCGGUUAACUAAAAUGGAUAUAGAAGAGAAAUGGGAUAAUAAAACAUAUGAAAAGGAUGAGCGUGAAAAAUCACCAGUGUUUCAUAUAUCAACAAGCAAUUUUAAUAGUUUUGGUAAUCUUAAAGUUCCAGGUAGUUUUAGCUUAUUCAAUAAAGAUGAAAAUAAUAAACCACAUUUACCAACUAUACCUCAAGACCAACCAUUAAAAGAACAACCAGAGCAAACAACCAGCAACAAUAAACCCCAUGUAUCUUUAUUACAUGCUCACUCAACCUACCAACCUUCAAAUGUUAAGGAGCAUAUAACCUCCCCAAUCUAUGAACAACACCAAUUAUCAACUAAAGAAAUUGAACAUCAAAAGAAAUUACAAGAGCAACAUACAAGCUCAGCAACAACAAGCACAACAACAAGCUCAGCAACAAGCCCAACAAAAUCACAACAAUCUCUACAACAAGCCCAACAGCAACAAGCUCAACAACCAAGAGUUAAUACAUUCUUCUUACCACCACCACAAAACGCAAGAGAAAGAUUAAAAGAGUUUAAACAAAUUCGUGUUAUUGGUACAGGUACUUUUGGUAAAGUUUAUUUAAUUCAAAAUACUAAAGAUGGAAGUUUUUAUGCCAUGAAAUGUCUAAGUAAGGCCUAUGUGGUUCAAUUAAAACAAGUCGAGCAUUUAAAUUCAGAAAAGUCUAUUCUCUCAUCUAUCCAUCACCCUUUUAUUGUAAAUUUAUAUCAAGCUUUUCAAGAUGAGAAAAAACUAUAUCUUUUAUUUGAAUAUGUUGCUGGUGGUGAAGUUUUUACUCAUUUAAGAAAGUCUAUGAAAUUCUCAAAUUCAACAGCCAAAUUUUAUGCUGCCGAGAUUGUGUUGGCUUUAGAGUUUCUCCAUAAACAGAAUAUAGUAUACAGAGAUUUAAAACCAGAGAAUCUUUUAAUCGAUAAUGAAGGUCAUAUUAAAAUAACAGAUUUUGGUUUUGCCAAACGUGUCGAAGAUAGAACCUUUACUCUUUGUGGUACUCCAGAGUAUUUAGCCCCAGAAAUUAUUCAAAGCAGAGGUCAUGGUAAAGCUGUUGAUUGGUGGGCUUUGGGUAUUUUAAUUUUUGAAAUGUUGGCUGGUUACCCACCAUUCUAUGAUGACGAUACCUUUGCAAUUUAUAAUAAAAUUUUGGCUGGUAGAAUAACUUUUCCACUAGGUUUCGAUGUUGAUGCUAAAGACUUAAUUAAAAGAUUAUUAACUGCCGACAGAACUCGUAGAUUAGGUGCUCUUAGAGACGGUGCUCAAGAUGUUAAAAAUCAUAGAUGGUUUUCAGAUAUCAACUGGGAAAGAUUAUACCAAAGAAAAGAUCCAGGUCCAUUUAUCCCCAGCAUUAAACAUGAAGGAGAUUCGAGUAACUUUGAAUUGUAUGAAGAGGAAAAUAUGGUCGAUGAUCCACCUUCACCAAACUAUGUUGAUCCAUAUGCCAAUUUCUUUAAAGAUUUUUAA